GUUCCUGGAGCCUGAUCCACAGGUCAAGGAGCAGGAGGAGCAGCGGCUCAGAAUUCUGCGUAUGGGCCAGCGGGAGCAGAAGCAGCACUUCAUGGCAGAGGUCUUCCAGGAGGAGAAAGCCCGGCAUGUGUCGGCAAAGCAUCGGCGCGCUCCGAGGCCCUGGCAGGCCAUUGACUUCGAGCAUCUUCCAAAGAUUGUCUGUGAGCGACAACACGAUUGGCAGAUGGCAGCAGAGAAGCGUGCAGAGGAGGCGAGGACGGAGUUCACACUGUACCUGCGAAAAGCCUACGGCAACGAG